AUGGUUAGAGUCAAGCUAAGGUAUAUCGUUGUAGAAAUAAACCCAACGAGAAAACAACAGAGUUCGGAGUUUACUGUGAAGCACGUAUCUAUUUUCCAGGCUCUUGCAGACCAAGUGCAGAAAAUACACGGUGAUUUUGGUGCGGCUGCAAUACGGGCGGGCUUUGUAGUGAGAUACAUAAACGAGCAUACGAGGAUUGCAUUCAUUCGAGCUAGGAAAGGACCUCACCGUUUCGUCACUUCAGUCAUACCCCUUAUUAAAACCAUAGAAGGAAAAGAAGUAUUCAUAACUACCUUAUACACAGGAGCUACUUUAAGACAGUGUUACAUAUACUUGAAGCAGUACCAGCAAAAAAAAUUGGACAAAUUUUGCAGUACUUUAAACACCGAAGAAGAAAAGAGCCAUUUAAAAGAGGUUAUGCUAAAUUUGGACUCGUUUGUUAAUGCGAUUCAAUAA